GCCAGAGGAGGAAGCAGCAGCCAAAUUGUUCGCUGCAUACUGCAACUUCUCUGUGUACUGGAGCGAGCGGCGGCGCGGCGAGGCCAUGGCCGCGGUGCACCGCUGCCUGCCGGGGAUCCUCCGCCGAGCUGCCCCGGCCACCGGGGGCGGGCUCGCGCGGCGGCUCUACUCCUCCGCCUCCUCCCUCCUCUUCGACGACACCCAGGAGCAGUUCAAGGAGAGCGUGCACAAGUUCGCGCAGGAGACCAUCGCCCCGCACGCCGCCGCCAUCGACGCCUCCAACCACUUCCCCAAGGAUGUCAACCUCUGGAAGCUCAUGGGCGAAUUCAACCUCCACGGCCUCACCGCCCCAGAGGAAUAUGGGGGCAUGGGCCUCGGCUACAUGUACCACUGCAUUGCCAUGGAGGAGAUCACCCGGGCGUCUGGCUCGGUCGGCCUCUCUUACGGCGCUCAUUCCAACCUCUGCAUCAACCAGCUGGUCCGGCAUGGCAGUCCUGCCCAAAAGCUCAAGUAUUUACCAAAGCUAAUCAGUGGGGAGCAUGUUGGGGCAUUGGCAAUGAGUGAACCCAACUCUGGCUCUGAUGUUGUCAGUAUGAAAUGCAAAGCUGAGAAAGUAGAUGGUGGCUAUGUCAUUAAUGGGAAUAAGAUGUGGUGCACCAAUGGGCCAUCGGCUCAGACACUGGUUGUGUAUGCAAAAACAGAUAUAGCUGCUGGAUCAAAAGGAAUAACCGCAUUCAUAAUUGAGAAGGGGAUGCCUGGGUUCAGUACUGCCCAGAAGCUGGACAAGCUUGGCAUGAGAGGAAGCGACACGUGUGAGCUUGUCUUUGAGAAUUGUUUUGUGCCACAUGAAAAUGUUCUUGGAGAAGAAGGGAAAGGAGUUUAUGUCAUGAUGUCAGGACUUGAUUUAGAAAGACUUGUGUUAGCUGCUGGUCCUAUCGGUCUUAUGCAAGCAUGCCUUGAUGUUGUUCUUCCUUAUGUUCGCCAAAGAGAGCAAUUUGGCCGUCCAAUUGGUGAAUUUCAGUUCAUACAGGGGAAAAUAGCCGAUAUGUAUACCUCCUUGCAGUCAUCAAGAUCAUUUGUUUACUCAGUUGCCAGGGACUGUGACAAUGGUAAAGUUGACCGCAAGGAUUGUGCUGGUGUGAUUCUGUUGGCUGCUGAAAGGGCAACCCAAGUUGCACUUCAGGCGAUUCAGUGUCUUGGUGGCAACGGAUACAUAAAUGAGUACCCAACUGGCCGUUUGCUGAGAGAUGCAAAACUAUUUGAGAUUGGAGCUGGUACCAGUGAGAUAAGAAGAAUGAUAAUUGGCCGCGAGCUCUUCAAAGAGGACUGAGGCUAUUAUUUUGGAAGCCAGGUACAGUGUAUAUUGAUAAUAACUUGAGGAGGAGAGCGGGAUUUGGCGAUCUGUACAUUGUGCCUGAUGUUCAAUGCCUGAUAAUCUGUCCAUGAUUUGUCAUGACUGUGUAUAUUUCCAAUUUAAUAUCAAAUAAAGUUCGCAAUUGCUUACUU